AUGACCAAAUUCCGUCCCUGCAUUGAUUUACACUCCGGCCAGGUGAAGCAGAUAGUGGGCGGAACGUUGAGCAGUGUUGCGGCGGAUUUGAAGACGAAUUAUGUGUCGAAGUUGCCGGCGAGUCACUAUGCGGAACUGUAUAGGAAGAAUGAUUUGAGAGGUGGACACGUUGUUAUGCUCGGUCCGGGCAAUGAUGAGGCUGCUAAGGAGGCGUUGAGGACUUGGCCUGCUGGGUUGCAGGUUGCGGGGGGCAUUACGGAUCAGAAUGCGAAGUAUUGGAUUGAGAUGGGGGCUGAGAAGGUUAUCAUCACAUCGUUCCUCUUCCCGGAGGGCAAAUUCUCUCUUGAACGGCUGCAGUCUGUUCUUGCUGCGCUGGAUGGUGAUAGGUCUAAGCUGGUCUUGGACCUGAGCUGCAGGAAGAAGGGCAACACGUGGUUUGUGGCUAUGAAUCGCUGGCAGACGAUUACUGAAAUGGAGAUUACGCAAGAAUCAAUUGCGCUCUUGGAGCCCUACUGUUCCGAGUUCCUCAUUCACGCUGCAGAUGUUGAGGGUCUGCAACAGGGCGUUGAUGAGGAGCUCGUGUCUAAGCUGUCCCAGUGGUGUACUAUCCCUGUCACCUAUGCCGGAGGUGCUCGGAAUCUUCAGGAUCUGGAGAAGGUUCACGUUAGCAGUCAAGGGAAGGUGGAUUUGACGAUUGGAAGUGCGUUGGAUAUCUUUGGUGGAUCUGGGGUAACGUUUGAUGAGUGUAUAGAAUGGAACAAAACGCAUUAG